GAGCGGCGGCCUUUUGCAUGCGAGGCGCCUCUUUGUGGCACCCGCUCAGCGGCGCAUCCCCGGCGGCUCUUCUUUAUUUACCUCGCGCUUGAAGGCGGCGGCGGCGGCAAAAUAAAAAAUGGAGUGCUCGGCUCGCGCCAGCGGCUGGCUGUAGCAACGCGACCGGAUUUCGCCGAGCAAAGAGAUUCCUCCCCCCCCCCACAGUCCGCGAGCAUGAAGUACAAGAAUCUUAUGGCAAGAGCCCUUUAUGAUAAUGUCCCAGAAUGUGCAGAAGAAUUGGCCUUCCGGAAAGGUGAUAUUUUGACCGUGAUAGAACAAAACACUGAAGGUUUGGAAGGAUGGUGGCUCUGCUCUUUACAUGGCCGACAAGGCAUUGUUCCCGGAAACCGUGUGAAACUUCUGGUAGGCCCUGUACAAGAGAGUCCAUCUCACCAGGACUUGCCAAAUUCAGGACCAGCAACUCAGUCCCCUAAUCAGCAGAAAGUCUACCAAGUGCCAAAUGCUCAUACCUCUCCUCGGGAUCCGAUCUAUCAAGUUCCCCCUUCUUAUCUGAAUCAGGGAAUCUACCAGGUACCUACUGCCCACGAUGUUUACCAAGUGCCUCCAUCCGGGCAGAGAAGUUUUGGUGGAGUUGAUGCAGGCAAUAAGGUUGGUGCAAACUGA